AUGACAUUUUUAGACCCUACCUUGGGAAGUGUGUACUGGUUUUCUUUGAUGAUAUACAGUAAGAACCUGCAAGACCAUUUGAAGCAUUUGAAAGUUGUCUUAGAACUCCUCCAACAGCAUCAGUUGUAUGCUAAGUUGUCUAAGUGUCACUUUGGGUGUCAAGAGGUAAAGUACUUAGGGCAUGUUAUUUCAGAAGAUGGAGUGAAGGCUAACCCUAACAAAAUUGAUGCAAUGCUUAAGUGGCCUGUUCCUAGAAAUCCUAAGGCUUUGAGAGGCUUCUUAGGCUUAACUGGAUAUUAUAUGAAGUUUGUGAAAGGCUAUGGAGGAAUUGUAGCCCCCCUCAAUAAUCUUCUAAAAAAGAAUUCAUUUGCUUGGAAUGAAAAUGCAGAAAGGGCAUUUAACCAACUCAAAUAA